AUGAAGGCUACCCCGUUGCUCAUCGCAUGGCACAACGAUAAUGCCCCAAUCUACUCGGUUCAUUUCGACCCCAAUGGCAAAGGUCGUCUGGCGACUGCCGGAAAUGACAACAAUGUCCGCCUAUGGAGAGUAGAAUCGACAGGCGAAGAACGAAAGGUGUCCUAUCUGAGCACCCUGGUCAAACACACACAAGCCGUCAAUGUCGUUCGGUUUAGUCCAAAAGGCGAGAUGCUGGCAUCUGCCGGGGACGACGGUAAUGUGCUUCUCUGGGUACCGUCAGAGCUGCAAACCCAGGCUCCACUGGGAGAGGAUCGGUCGGACGAUAAAGAGACAUGGAGGGUGAAGCAUAUGUGCCGCUCAUCUGGAGCUGAGAUAUAUGACCUAGCUUGGUCUCCAGAUGGCGUAUUCAUCAUCACGGGGAGUAUGGAUAACAUCGCGCGGAUAUAUAAUGCCCAAACAGGACAAAUGGUGCGCCAGAUCGCGGAGCAUUCGCAUUAUGUUCAAGGAGUAGCUUGGGAUCCCCUCAACGAAUUCGUUGCUACUCAAUCAUCGGACCGCUCUGUGCAUAUCUAUAGUUUGAAGACGAAGGAUGGCCAGUUCACCCUUACCUCUCACGGCAAAUUUCUGAAGAUGGAUCUACCAGCCAAGCGCAUCUCGUCUAGCAGCCCGGCCCCCCAGGAUACUUCUGUUCGAUCUCAGCCGCCUGCCAACACUUCAGCUGCAAUCACGUCCCCAGCGCCGUCGACUCCGGGCACGCCUAUGGCUAACCUGCCAAUGGAUCCUCCACCUGUAUCACAUAGCCGCCGGUCCUCAUUCGGCUCCUCUCCAUCGAUUCGUCGCUCUGCGUCCCCGGCACCGUCCCUACCGCUACCUGCGGUCAAACCCCUGGAAGUACCGUCACCGGGGCUCCUAGGUGGUCUGGGCGUCAAAAAUGCUAACAUCUAUGCCAACGAGACUUUCACCUCCUUCUUCAGACGAUUGACUUUUGCUCCCGAUGGCAGCUUGCUGUUUACGCCCGCGGGCCAAUACAAAACUUCGCAUGCGUCUGCGACAGAUCCCACCAAGACUACGGACGAGAUCAUCAAUACCGUCUACGUUUACACUCGCGCAGGUUUCAACAAACCUCCAAUCUCCCAUCUUCCUGGCCAUAAAAAGCCAUCCGUUGCAGUGAAAUGCUCUCCAAUCUUUUAUACCUUGCGACAGGCUCCUCAGCCUGCUCGUCAUAUCACUUUGGAUACCUCUUCUGGGGAGGAGACAUUUGCCUCUUUACCUGACCCGGUAGUAAAUUCAACAACUGACCGUUCUCCUAUGGAGCCUCCGUCAUCGGCACAUACCACUGACGAAAAGCCCAAUCAAAUUUCGAAAGAUGAGAGCCCUUCCACCACUCCAGGGCCAAUGCCUGUUUUCUCCCUGCCAUAUCGAAUCGUAUACGCCGUGGCUACUCAGGACUCUGUCUUGGUUUAUGAUACUCAGCAACAAACCCCGAUAUGUGUAGUCAGCAAUUUACAUUUUGCCACAUUUACUGAUUUGACAUGGUCGAAUGACGGCUUGACAUUGAUCAUGAGUUCGUCGGAUGGUUUCUGUUCUACCCUCUCGUUUGCACCGGGAGAGUUGGGUCAACCUUAUACUGCUCCUAUAUCAACUGCUCACCAGACUGGGACGUCUGGGUCCAUGGGUCACACAGCAAACUCGGCGAAACCAAGCCCGGCCAUCGCUCCAGGCAACACAACUCCAAUGGCGCCGGUUCCUCCGGCAAGCCCUGCGCGGUCAAACUCUGUAUCUUCGAUUGCUACACAGUCUACUGCUGCGCAGCAAACCACGGGGUCUGUUGUCAACAAUCCUACACCAACACUCGGGUCUGUGCCGCUAGUGACAGCAACGCAUUCAUCACAACCGCCAACUCUACCACUGAAUACGCCGCCGCAGACACCCAUGUCGGCCGCCUCCCAAAGUGGGACAAGCACCGUCAGCAACAGUGUCCUAGGCAAGAGAGCUAGUGAGUCCGAAAAAGAAGAAAUUAAGGAUCAGAGUUCCGUUCCACAAGUACAACCGCCAAAGAAGAGACGAGUAGCACCGACCCUCGUUUCCAGUGGCAACGGCCCCUCUUCGAAAGAUGAGUCUCGGAACACCGACGUUGGUGGCUAA